AUGGCUUGGCAUGCCGCAUUGUGUCAGGAGGAUUCUUCCUUAAUGGACGGAACAUUGUUCCAGGACCUCACUAAAGAAACCUCACGUCUGCUAGGAGCGUUCAACAUGGAGGAGUUCUUCCCCACAUUAGCUAGGGUAGGACUGCUUAAGAGGACAGUUCGUGCAAUGUCCGAGAGAGUGAGAAAUAAAUGGGAUGAUCUGCUAGACAAGGUGAUCGAUCAUCAUGAGAGCAAGGAUAAAUCAAAGAUUGAUCACAAGGGUGGCAAUUUCGUAGAUAUUCUAUUGUCUGUUCAGAUGGAGUAUGGUCUCACAAGAGAGCACGUGAAAGCUCUCCUACUUGAUGUAUUUUUCGGUGCAACAGAAACGUCAUCUAACACCCUCGAUUUCGCCUUGGCUGAACUCAUGAGGAGACCCCGCUUGAUUGGGAAACUACAAGAGGAGGUAAGGAGUAUUGUACCCAGGGGACAGACAAUUGUCAGUGAAGCUGACAUUAACAAGAUGGCAUACCUAAGAGCAGUCAUAAAGGAGUCACUCCGACUUCAUCCUGUUGCGCCUUUACUUGCUCCACACCUGGCUAUGGCUGACUGCAACAUCGAUGGGCACAUGGUUCCUGCUGGGACGCAUGUCUUGGUUAAUGUAUGGGCCAUUGGUAGAGAUUCUAACUGCUGGGAGGAUCCUGGAGAGUUCAUACCUGAAAGAUUUAUAGACGAAGGCAGUGAUGUGCAUGUCAACUUCAAGGGGAAUAAUUUCAAGCUCUUGCCGUUCGGGGCAGGACGCAGGAUAUGCCCUGGAAUAAACCUUGGGAUCGCAACCGUCGAGCUUAUGUUGGCAAACUUGAUGUGCCAUUUUGACUGGGAACUACCGUUAGGGGUAGAGAGGAAAGACAUUGAUAUGACAGAGCUGUUUGGGCUAACCGUGCGUCGUAAGGAUAAUCUAUUGUUAGUUCCAAAAUCACGCAUGUGCUAG